CAAUACGAACUGUCUCGCUACGGUAUGGAAGAAGUUCGGCUUUAUUCAGGCGGUACAAAACGUUUUUACAGUCUUAUGCUUUCUCAAUUUGCUACGUCUCCACGGUCUUUGAUCGAAGGGGACUACCUGGAGCUGACUUAUACACGGCCAAACAAAUCGAUCAAAACUGUCGCCGGAGUGAUUGCGCAAAUAAGUCCCAACAUGUUGUUGUUCGAAACAGAAGAACCACUCAAAAACGACAUUAAAUGGCGAAUCAAAUUUAGCCCGAAUCGAAUUCCCAUCCGGAUGGAAUACCAGGCCCUGGAACUUGUCGCAAAGCAGAAGCUGAGUCGAUUUUUCUUUCCCUCUGAUACCCCAGGACGCAGCAGUGGCAGGACUGACAGCAUUAACAAUUUUGAGUGGUUCAACAAAAACAUGAUCUCGAACGCGGAACAGCAGAUUGCGGUUCGAAAUAUUGUUAACCGAACAUCUGGUUCGACACCAUACAUUCUUUUUGGUCCUCCUGGAACUGGGAAAACAUCCACCCUUGUCGAAGCAAUCGCUCAGAUCUGGAAACUGAAACCAAACAUUUUCAUACUCGUUACGGCUACUUCAAAUUUUGCUUGCAAUGAAUUGGCCGAGCGUUUGCUGCAAAUCCUUCCUAAAGAAGCGGUAUUUCGCUUUUUCUCCAAACGGGCGGAGCGAAUGAUGGGCGAUAUGUCUUACGGCCUGAUAGAGUGCUCGAAUUUAAACACCGGAUCGUAUCGACUGCCUUCGGCGAAAGAAAUCUAUGAAACCCGGAUUGUAAUUAGUACACUUACCUCUGCAGGAAAGUUGGUUCAAGCAAAGAUCAAACCAGGACAUUUUGGCUAUGUUUUCAUUGAUGAAUGUGGAAGUGCGACCGAAGGUUCAGCGCUAGUGCCAAUAGCUGGCAUCAUAACGACGGAUCAACAAAUUUUGGGAACAAUCGUUCUUUCUGGUGAUCCACUGCAGUUGGGACCGGUUACGCGCUCUGAAUUCGCCGCUGACAUGGGUUUGAAUGUUUCCAUGUUGGAGCGUCUUAUGAAUUUACAGGUUUACAGAAAGAAUUCGUCAACCGGUGCUCACGACAAUCGUUUCAUCACAAAGCUUCUCAAGAAUUAUCGGUCUCACACUGCUAUACUAAAUUUUUCUAAUGAAAAAUUCUAUCAAAAUGAACUUGAAGCUUGUGCAUCCGAGGAAAACACUCAUUGGGCCCUUGACUGGCCUGAACUACCAUCACUGAAGUUCCCUAUAAUUUUUGAAUCCACUAUGGGAAGAUUAGCUCGCGACAAAAUUUCCACAAGUUAUUACAAUAAAAAGGAAAUCGAUAUGGUUACAUUUUAUCUCCAGAAAAUCAUAUCCUGUGGCAUCAACGACAGACCUAUUCAGCAGACGGACAUUGGAAUUGUGAGUCCUUAUCGUAAACAAUGCUUGGAAUUGAAACAAAUGUGCCAACAACGUGGUUGGAACGAUAUACAGGUGGGAUCGGUGGAGUCUUUCCAAGGACGGGAAAAAGCAAUCAUGAUUCUCACUACGGUUCGCUCCGGUACCUCGGGAGUUGGCUUCCUGAACAACGUCAAACGACUAAAUGUUGCCCUCACACGUGCCAAAGCACUUCUUAUUGUAAUUGGAAAUCCAGAAACAUUGCAGCAGGAUGUCAAUUGGUACGAGUUUAUCCGGUACUGUCACAAGCAAGGAGCAAUUAGAGGAGUAAAAUUUAAUUUCACUGAUGAACCGCAUGCUAUACAGGAAGCUACCAAGGUUGAUUCUUGGAAACCUCAACAAAACCUCGACUUAGAUUUGGUGGUUAAGAAUAUUGAAACAAUAAAUUUGUAAGAAAUGUAAUAUUUUAAGACUUGGUCAUAUGUGUUUUUCGAUAUUAUUU